AUGAAUGAAAAGCAGCAUAUUCGAAACAUUAUUGAUCAGAAUGUGCAUCAAUCCCGAAUAGGUUAUCGAGUUCGACUAGAAGCUUCAGUUGAUUGCAUUCGGUUUCUUCUAAGACAAGGCCUUGCCUUUCGUGGUCAUGACGAGUCUGAGAACUCAAGCAAUCAAGGUAACUUUCUUCAGCUUUUGCAAUUUCUCAUUGAUCACAAUGAUGAAGUGAGAGCUGUUGCAUUGAAGAAUGCUCCUGCAAAUCUUAGAUUGACAUCACCUUGGAUUCAAAAGGACAUUGUUAAUGCUGCUGCUGUUGAAACUACAAAUGUUAUUAUGAGAAACAUGAGUGAUGCCUUUUUUUCUAUCCUAGUUGAUGAAUCUAGGGAUGUAUCUGUGAAGGAGAAAAUGGCUGUUACCUUUCGUUAUGUGGAUAAAAUUGGGUGUGUGAUUGAAUCCUUCAUAGGCAUUGAACAUGUAGCGAGUACUACUGCAAUCUCACUUAAGAAAGCUAUAGAUGCACUAUUCUCUAAACAUGGAUUAAGCUUCUCUAGGCUACGUGGUCAAGGUUACGAUGGCGCCAGUAAUAUGAGUGGAGAACUUAAUGGUCUGAAGACCCUUAUUUUGAAGGAGAACUCGAGUGCUUUUUAUGUUCAUUGUUUCGCACAUCAGCUUCAAUUAGCUUUGGUCGGUGUAGCCAAGAAACAUGAAAUUGUAGGUGCUUUCUUUGCAUCAAUUGGUAGUGUUGUAAACAUUGUUGGGGCAUCUUCUAAACGUCGAGACAUUCUGUGA